CGCAGGGUCCUCGAAUUGGUCAAAGUGUAUUCUGUACCUUGUCCUUGAGAUUCUCGAAUCGUGCCCAGCCGCUCAUGACGAACACGUCGUUGGCAGCAACCACGGCGAUGACAUCGACGCCCUUCGCCUUCAGCUCGUCGUACUUUUCCAUGUAUUCCGGAAGAUGGCUGACAUGGCAGGUGGGCUUGGACAGUCAGCAAACGCGCCUGGCACGGAAAAGAGGGCAACUUUCUUCCCCUUCCACUCGUCAAUUUACUUACGGAAUCCGCAAGCAGACUAGAACGGGGUUGGCUAGCUCUGGGGCGUAUGGAAUGUAACCGAAUUCGCCCUUGGGGAUGGUAUCUCCGACCUUGAUACGCUCAAUGUCAAGCUUGCUUAUAAAGCACUCUCAGCAUCUUAUUAAUGUUCAACUCAGCGAUGAACACGUCCUC